GCAUUCACGUUAGGGCACUCAGUUAUCUUAUUCCCACACAAAACAGAGAAGGUUACGUAAUUUUACACACACACUCUUCUCAGGUGAGGUCAACAGCGGUGUUGGGGGGGUUAAAAUUGCUGUUGACAGGUGUAGAGGAGUCCCUGGACAUAAUGGAAGUAAAUAAAACGGUGCUAUGCGAGAGCCUUAUUAUUUGGUUACAGACCUUCAACACCCCUUCGCCAUGUAAGACUGUACAUGAUCUCACCAGUGGAGUGGCAAUGGCACAGGCUCUUCAUCAAAUAGACCCCUCCUGGUUUAAUGAAGCAUGGCUGAGUCGUGUUAAACAGGAUGUUGGUGACAACUGGAGACUGAAGGUGAACAACCUCAAGAAGGUCCUGCAGCUGAUCGUGGACUAUUACAACGAGGUUCUGGCACAGCAGGUCUCGGAUGUCCUCCUGCCCGAUGUGAAUCUGAUAGCGGAACAUGCACACCCUGUGCAACUAGGGAUGCUCCUGCAACUCAUCCUGGGCUGUGCCAUCAAGUGUGAAAAGAAACACGAAUACAUUCAGAUUAUCAUGACCUUGGAGGAAUCAGUACAGCAUGUUGUUAUGACUGCAAUUCAAGAGCUGAUGAGCAAAGAAACCACGUCUGCUUUUGGAACUGAAGUAACAGGGGAUUUUGAACAGCAGCUGAAGAAAGCUCUGGAGGAGCUGGCUGAAGCCUUAGCAGAGAAGGAUGAGCUUGCUCAAAGGUGUCAGGAGUUAGACAUCCAGGUGACUGCACUACAGGAGGAAAGAAACAGCCUACUGGCCGAAAACGAUGUUCUGGCUGACCGAGCAAACCAGCUGGACUCCUUCGAUGACCCAGCUACACCAUCGGGCAAGAAAUACUGCCAGCUGCAGUUACAGUUUGAGCAGCUGCAGGAAGAAAACUUCAGACUCGAAGCAGCGAAGGAUGAUUACCGAAUCCACUGCGAGGAGCUGGAGAAACAUCUGAUCGAGGUGCAGCACCGCAAUGAUGAGCUGACGAGCCUGGCAGAGGAGUCCCGAGCCCUGAAGGACGAGCUUGACGUUCUGAGGAGCUGCUCUGACCGGGCAGUGAAACUGGAGGCGUCGGUGGAGGGUUACAGGAAGAAGCUGGAGGAUUUGGCCGACCUGCGCAGGCAGGUGAAGUCUCUGGAGGAUAAGAACUUGACGUAUAUGCAGAGCUCAUUGAGCCUGGAGGAGGAGCUGAGGAAAGCCAACGCAGCGCGGGCACAGCUGGAGACGUACAAGAGACAGGUUCACGAACUACACAAGAAGCUCUCGGACGAAUCAAGGCGGGCUGAUAAUUUGGCAUUUGAAAUGAAGCAGUUUGAAGAAAAGUAUGACACUUUGCAGAAGGAGAAGGAGAGGCUGAUCAUUGAGCGAGAUUCUCUUAAGGAAACAAACGAGGAGCUGAAAUGUGCACAGGUGCAGCAACACCAGUUAUUGCAAGCAGGCAUAAUUCCUGCUGGGAGUCCCAGUCAUGACACCCUUGCAGCUGAGAUUCUGCCUAUCGAGUACAGAGAGAAGUUCAUUCGCCUGCAGCAUGAGAACAAGAUGCUGCGCCUGCAGCAGGAGGGCACUGAGAACGAGCGCAUCGCAGCUCUGCAGGGGCAGCUCGAGGAAGCACACCGCAGGAGGAGCGAGCUGGAAACAGAGAACAGGUUGAACCAGGAGCGGAUCUAUGAGCUGCAGCAGCAGGUAGAAGACCUCCAGAAAGCCCUGCAGGGACAAGGAGCUAAAACUGAGGAUUCCAACCUGAAGAGGAAAUUGGAUGCCCAUAUGGUACAACUGCACGAAGCAAAGGAUGAGAUAAUGAAGAAAAAAGAACUUAUUGAGGACCUUCAGCCAGAGAUUGUGCAGAGCUCACUGAAGACUGACGAGCUGCUGGCCGCACUGCAGAAGAAAGAUGAAGACAUGCGAGCGAUGGAGGACAGGUACAAAAUGUACCUGGAGAAGGCUCGCAAUGUAAUACGAGCUCUUGAUCCUAAGUUAAAUCCAGCUUCGGCAGAGAUCCAGUCCCUUAAGAACCAGCUGACGGAGAGAGAGAAGAGGAUCCUCACCCUGGAGCGUGAAUGUGAACAAGCGAAACUGCGAGAAUAUGAGGAGAAACUUGUAGUGACUGCUUGGUACAACAAGAGUGUGAACUUCCAGAAACUGGCAGCGGAGUCAAGACUGUCGGGGCGAGGGGGCAGUGGUACACCCGCGGGACAGUCCUUCUUAGCUCAGCAGCGGCAGGUCACCAACUCUAGGAGAGCCCUUUCCGUGAUUGUGCCUGCAAACACCUCCAAGUAGGGCAGGCCUGGCCCGUGAAGCCCAUCCACUUGGGUGCCCUUAAAUACUUAAAUCUCACGGGGACGGGACUGCAUUUACUUCUCCUGCCUGUUCUGUUGUUUGCUUGUGAAAAAGAGCUUGACACUUCCUCCUCAAGUCCAGCCGUGGCCAGCAUCAGGUAUCUCUCAAGUCUGGUCUGUGUUGCUUGAUAUUUAUUUCACAUGACUCAAUCCAGUGGCUGAGACAGUAACAGUGAUGACCGUCUUUUCCUCUCUGCAUCUUGUGAUUAUUAGACUAUCGGGGGUUAUGAGCUGGGCUUUUUAUCUGCUUAAAUGUUGAUCAGUUAACGUAGAAGGUAAACGAUGCAGGAAAUCAAAAUGUUAUACAGAGUUUGUAGUAAAAAAUAUAAAAAUAAACUCAAACCAUAUUCAUUAUAAUCCUGUGUCCCAUUUUCAAAAGUGAAAAAAAACAACAAUAUUAGAUAUAUUUUUAAAAAGUUUUCUGCAUUUAUUAGGUUCCAAAAAGUUAAUUAUUUGUUUCUGCUAUCUAUUGAUAUAAAUGAUAUUAUAUCAGCUAAGCUGAAUAAAAGUCAGUUCAAUAAAGAUGGCUAAAAGAAUGUUAAAUAAGUAAAAUAAUUAAUACAUUUUAGUAUCGUAUACAUUGAGUAAAGCUUAAAUGUUAUACAAAAAUAAAAAUGUUUGCUUUUCUACAUUUUAUAUACAAUUAAGUUUUCCUUCUUUUGUGUAAGUGAAUUCAGGUAUGUGAUUUAUUGUUAUUUAUUGCCUUUUGUUUUUAUAGUUUACCACCUUAUACUUUAUAUGUAAAAUAUGACCUAAACACACAUUUCCUAUAGCUUGUUAAUGGCAGAUCUGUACCGAAAAAAACAAGAAAAGAUUUACCUUGCUGUUGCAUUUUUCUUUUGAAUAAAGCAGUGAUUCAAUAGCGAACCUAAAUGUGUACCUUUCAAGCUCACCAGUGGGUGCUAGAGAUCUCUUUAUUGACAGUGAGACACUGGUCUGCAGUCUAUAAUAAUAUAGCAGUACUUUUUAUAAUACGUAUGACAAUGUAUGUUCAUUUCCUGUCAGAGUACUGUACACAUUAUCUUUAAAAAAAAUACUCAAAAUCACAGAAUCACUGAAUCACCAGCACCGUUUAAACAAAUGGCAGCAAAUAACAGUGAGCUUGCCGUUUCUACUGUGGAAAAUCAAACCAAAAAGCCUGUUUGUUUCUUAAGCAGUGGCGUGUCUUUGCGUGUCUCAAUCCUGGCUGUCCUGUCAAGUUAGCAAUUAUUUUAUUUAGAACAUAUUCAAAGCAUUUCAAGUGUCCUAUAAGUUCAUUUUGCCUUUGUUCUGAGGACUAUUGAAAAGCCAGGAGUUGGAGAACAAGUUAAUGCCACACACACACACACACACCCCUUUGUGUCGGUUGGUGCUCUGAAGAACCACCCUGUUUGCGUCACAUUUACAGAAGGCUUCUAGAGGUGUUGCUGACUUUUCAGUACCACUGUUUACAUAAUAAUACAUUGACAUUAAAGUUGACUGUGUAUUAAUUUGCUGAUGCACCUUUCCUGCACGCUUCAUUUGCAGUUCAGGUCUACCCAUCUGACCUGUUGUGAGUGUGUGUGUUGUUUUGUUUGUUCUUUGCAUAUGAGAACUUUACAUUUUAUCUCUGUAAACAGUAUUUCAUACUAAAUAAAUAAAUACCUAAAUAAAUAAAGAGAUUAUUAAAUAAAUAAAUAAAUAAAGUUUUUUAAUUAAUCCCAAUAAAUGCAGGUUUAUUGCCGAGCCUUCCUGUUUCCUCUUGUCCAUGUGGCUGGACGUAGGGAUUAAUACCUUUAGAAGCUUGAUGAUUCUGUAGUCUUCCUAGCACAGUCCAGUGGCUGGUUUCAUUCGAAAAACAAUUGCUUGCUGUUUUUUAAAAAAAAAAAAAAAAAGAAAAGAAAUAAUAAUACAAAUGUGUGUGUGUGUGAGGUUUAUGCAGGGCUACAGACUCGAUAAAGAAACUCCAAUACUGUGAGUCUGGUGACAUGCUUUUUUUUCUUCUUUUUUGUUUUAGUAAGGGAGAACGCUAAAUGUCCUAAAAUAAAUGUGCAUGAACUUGAUGUCUUGUGUUAUAGUUUUUUUUUUCGUCAGGAUAAAUUAGAUAGCUGCAG